AUGUCGUUCCCGCAACCCUACACCGGCUACCGAGACGUCAAGUACCACAAGCUCACGCUUGAAGCUGAUGGAGUGCUUUUGCUCUCGUUCAACCGACCUCCCGUGAAUGCCUGGAUCGACCCCAAGUGGCAAGAGCUCUCCCGGAUCCUACGUACCGUACGCGAUGAUCCCGACGUGUCUGCGAUUGUGGUUGCCGGCGAAGGUCGAUGCUUCACCGCUGGCCUCGACCUGAACGAGCAGAGCCUGUCCGACGUCAUCGCUGGUCUUCCCGAUGCGGCCCGAAAGGCCUUCAGGAUGCGUGCGCACUUGCGCGACUUUCAAGAGGCCAUAUCUUGGUUCGAACACGUCGAAAAGCCUGUGAUAGCUGCUGCCCAUGGUGUAGCAUUUGGACUGGCGAUCGACAUCAUGUCUGCUUGCGACAUUCGGUACGCCACCAAGUCCACGAGGUUCAGCAUCAAGGAGGUGGAUGCAGGUCUUGCAGCCGAUAUUGGCACGCUGCAGAGGUUCCCCAAGAUUGUGGGCAACGACUCGCUCGCCAGGGAACUCUGCUAUACUGCCAGGGAAUUCAAUGCGGCUGAAGCAAGGGAGAUCGGCUUCUUGAGCAAGGUCGUGGAUGGAGGCAGAGAAGAGGUUGUUUCUGCUGCUAUUAAGACUGCCGCCGAAAUUGCAUCCAAGGCACCCAUCGCUGUCCGAGGGACCAAGAUAUACCUCUUGCACAGUCGAGACCACGGCGUCGAGGAAGGCCUUCGCUUCGUCCAAGCGUUCAACUCGGCGCUUCUCCAAUCGGACGAUAUGCCCGAGGCGAUGCUUGCCGUUAUGCAGAAACAGACGCCCAAAUUUGCCAAGCUGUGA